CUAUCCUUCUUUCUACCUUGUUUCUAACACAUAUUAAUAACCUCUUUAACACAAAACCUACUUGUCCAGGAAUUUGAUUUACCAGUAUUCUUAAAGGGCAGGAGAGCAAAUAAGCGACCACUAAAAACUUUGCAUUAAAAGCUAUAGCUUAUCUAGAUUGCACGUCAUGCAUCGGGGAAGUUUAUCAACCCCAGUAGCAGUAAUAGAUGACCCUAAGUUGGCAUUCCUCCCAGUGAAAGAAAACCCUCUGUUGUCAUUCUUCCGAGUAAAAGAAAAAGAAAACCCUUUGCCUCUGUUGGCAUUCGGAGACAGUCCGAUUAGUAUAGACGGUGACAACACCAAACAUGUUCCGUUUCAUGGUUCGCCUAAUCACAACUUGACAACGUUGGCUGACAGUUCAUAUCCAGGCUCUUACUCACCUUCUGCUUUCUCUGAAUCCCAUCAAGAAACGGAUUUCGGCCUUCAAGGCCUAACGAAAGCUCUUUCUGAAGGAAACUUAGAAGGAUUAAUAGCUUACAAUUCUGAAGAGUUCCAGAAUUCGACUACCCAGAAGAAAUCUUUGCGUAAACAAUAUUUCACUUACUCAAUGUUGAGGAGUGCACCAUCUUUUCGUAUAUUUAAUACGUUUGAUGGGGUUGAAGAUGGAAAAAAAAAUGGCCAACAAGAUGUUCAGAGUGAAGAGCUAUUGGUGAGAACUGUUACGAUUGGAGAUUACAUAGACGAUUUAGCUAAUGGUGACUUCACUUUCGGGGACAAAAACAACAUGGGGUUGAUUGUGGAAGAAGGAGAAGAUUUUGAAGGAGGAGUGAAUGUAACUAAUCAAGAUUUGAUCUUCGAUGAAGAAAUGGAACCACCUAGUCCUCCCAUGUAUCUCGCCUCGGGACUCGGCAUUGAUGUUGCAGCUUGGUUUGAUGGAGUUGGAAUUGUUGAGUUACCUCCUAUGAAUACUUUUGAUGAGAGUGGAAAUAUGGACGAAUACUAUGAGAGAAUGGUUGAUGAGUUCCCCUGUCACCCUUUGUAUUUAAGAAAUUAUGCUCAGCUCUUACAGUACAAGGGCCACCUUCAUGGCGCUGAAGACUACUAUCACCGCGCUACAUUAGCAGACCCUGGAGAUGCUGAAACUUUGAUGCCGUAUGCUAAAUUGGUCUGGGAGCUCCACCGUGACCACGCUAGAGUCUCAAGUUGCUUUGAACGUGCAGCUCAAGCUGCUCCUCAGGAUAGCAAUAUUCUUGGAGCUUAUGCAAGUUUCCUCUGGGAAAAUGGGGAGGACGAGGAAGACGAUGGAGCACAACAAGAUCAUAAUGCGUCACUACCUUUUCCGAUUGAAAUGGAGGGUCGCAAUAAACUUGAAAACACAGUCCAUGAAAAAGACGACGAGCCAAGGGGACUCAGGAUUGAUGGCCCCAAUUCUGAGAAUACUGAGGAGUAUUACAGAAGAAUGGUUGAGGAAAAUCCUUCCAACCCUUCGGUUCUCAGAGAUUAUGCACAGUUCUUGAGUAAGGUGAGAUGUAUGUUCAUGCAAGAAUCUAUUCAGACCUAUGGAACAAAUGAAAUUGAGCUUUCUAAUGAUAACUGA